AUGAACAAUCACUCGAAGAACUUACAGUCUAAUAAAAGAUACCUGCCACUAAGCAACCAAAAAAUAACAGGGCAUAUUGAUUCAUACUGUAUUAAUUAUAUUUUCCAGGUGUUCACUGUUGAAGAAAUGAUGCCUCAUGUCCAACAUAUGAAAGGCGGUCACAAUAAAAACCUUUUUUUAAAAGACAAAAAGAAGAAAGGUACCAUCCGGCUGGUAACAGUUCUGUAUGACAGGCAAAUUAAUUUAAAUGACCUCGCUAAGAAAUUGGGUGUUGGGAAUGGAAAUCUGAGACUUGCAGAUGAAAAUGCCAUAUUGGAAAAACUAAACGUAGGCCGAGGCUUUGCAACACCAGUGGCCCUGUUCUGUGACCACAGAGAUGUGAAAUUUGUAUUUCCAAUGACAAACUCAGCAACCAUGGGCUUAAAUCCUGAAGACUUUCUAAAGUUCGUGAAAUCAACAGGACAUGACCCUAUUAUCAUGCAUUUUGAUGAAAAUAUUAAGAAGUUGAAUCUCACAAAAAUUUAA